AUGACUCACCAACUACACCAAUAUCACAUAGUCGACCCAAGCCCAUGACCCUUGACCGGAGCAGCGGGCUCCUUACUUCUAGCUUCAGGACUAGCCCUGUGAUUCCACACGACUUCAACCCUGGUAUUAAAACUAGGGCUUCUCACUCUCACACUUACCCUCAUUCAAUGAUGACGAGACGUCAUCCGAGAGGGCACCUACCAAGGACACCAUACUUUAGGCGUACAAAAAAACAUACGGUACGGUAUAAUUCUAUUCAUCACAUCAGAGGUAUUCUUCUUCCUAGGCUUCUUUUGAACCCUCUACCAUGUCAGCCUCGUACCUACACCAGAACUUGGCGCAGAAUGACCCCCGGCCGGGAUCAUCCCACUAAACCCAAUAGAUGUUCCCCUACUCAACACCGCAGUUCUACUUUCAUCCGGCGCAACCAUUACAUGAUCACACCACACUAUGAUAAAAGGAAAUAAAAAAGAAGCUACAUACGCACUAAUAAUUACCAUUCUUCUUGGGGUCUAUUUCACAGCCCUCCAAGUAUCAGAAUAUAUAGAAACACCAUUUACCAUCUCUGAUAGCGUAUACGGCUCACUAUUUUUUGUAGCCACAGGCUUCCACGGCCUCCACGUAAUAAUCGGAACCUCCUUCUUAAUAAUCUGCCUAAUACGCCUCAUACAAUUUCACUUUACAACUACCCACCACUUUGGAUAUGAAGCCGCAAUCUGAUACUGACACUUCGUAGACAUUGUCUGACUAUUCCUAUACGUCUCAGUAUACUGAUGAGGCUCAU